AUGGCAGGUUCCGAGCCCCUUUUGGAACUGGACGAUGCAGAAAUCUCAGCGCUGGCUGCUGGGGGUGCAAAUAUACCCGUGGAGCUUGACGGGGCUGAUGCUCUUGAGCUGCUGCACAUAGAUCCCAUCAAUGCAUCACUCUCAGAAAACAUGGGGAUCAUUGGUGGCCCAGCGGAGCUGCAGGCGGCCACAGCAGGCCAGGAGCCGUACGCUACAGAGCCUCAGGCUAUGAGCAUCGAGGAACUCGGGGAGCGCUUCCAGGAGUGCAUCGAGGCUGUCGAAGAACUGGAGAGGGAGAGGGACCACCUUAUCCAGGAACUCAUGCUGCUGCGGGAACCAGCCCUGGAGGAAAUCCAGCAAGCCCACGAAGAAAUCCUUGAAGCCUACAGGUUGCACGCCAAGGUAGAGCUCGAAAGGGACAGCCUGAGGGACGAAAUCCGGCAAGUGAAGCGGAAGCUCUUUAGGGUGACCCGGGAAUGUGUGGCAUGCCAGUAUCAGCUGGAAACCAGGAGACACGACGUGGCCCAGUGCGCUGUCUACCAGGAAGAACUGGAAAGCAGGGUCAGCCAGCUCUCGGAAGAACUGUCCCAGCUGAGAGAGACUUGUGAGAAAGAGAAGGAACAGUUCAGCCAGCAACUGACGGUCCCCAGGCGGCGAAGGGACAGCUGCUAUCUCCAGGAGAGCAGGCGACUUUCCAUGCAGUUUGAGAACUUUGUGGCAGAGAGUCGCCAGAGCCUAGAAGAACAGUACGAGCCCAAGCUGAUGCGUCUCUUGGAACGCAGAGAAGCUAGCGCUAAGGCUUUGCAAAAGAUACAGGGCGAGAUCCACAGAUUGAAAGAAACCCUGCGGCCGCUGCAGGGAGAAGUGAGCAAGCUAUGGCUGCAAAACAGGAACCUGGAGGAACAGAUCCUGCUCAUUAAGCAAAAACAGGAUGAAGAAAUUCUUCAGUUCAGGGAGCAGGUGGAGGAGAUGGAAGAAAGGCUGAGGGAGUUGAAGAAUGGAGUGAAACUUCAGCAGCACAAGAACAAAGAAUUGGAGGAGUUGAAGACCAGCUUGCAUCAGGAGCUAUCUAUUUACAAAGACUGCUUAGAAAUAUAUGGACAACUCUGCAAGCCAGAAGCAAACCAAGACAAAGACUGAAAUUUGCAACCACAGACUUUAUGUAUAU